CCGGCGUCGGCGUCGCCGGCUCCCAACGCCAACGUGGAUUGCGCCAAGACGGCCAGGGGCUCCGCAGAGAGCACCGCCUCGGUCAUACAGCACGUCGGGCAGCCUGUCGCCACCCCUGCAAAACACAGCAAUAAGGUGGCCAAAUCCUGCAGCCAGGAAGCCAACUUCAAGGCGAGCGAGACCGCCCUGGCCUCCAGCCCCAUCUUCCUGCCACCCAACGAGGCGUUUCGCUCCCCGCCUCUGCCGUACCCCAGGAGUUACCUGCCGUACCCAGUGCCGGAGGGGAUAGCCAUCAGCCCUCUCUCCCUCCAUGGGAAAGGACACGUGUAUCCGCACCCUGUCUUGCUGCCCAACGGCAGCCUCUACCCUGGCCACCUGGCUCCCAAACCCGGCCUCCCCUACAGCCUGCCGUCGGGGCGGGGGGGGUUCAUGACCUACCAGGACGCGCUGGGGAUGGGGAUGGUGCACCCCAUGCUGCUGCAGCAUUCGGCUUUGGAGAUCAAUAAGGAGGAGAAGGCGGAAAGGAGGUCGCGGUCUCACGAGAGGGUCCGCUACGAGGACCCGGCUCUGCGGGGCCGGUUGCCAGAGCUCCUGGAGAGCAGCGGGAAGAUGCAUUUCGAAGUACCCGGCGACAAGAGCGUGAAAUUGCACCAGAGCUCCGGCCACGGUAAAAACUCGGCCAAAAGUGACAAACACCUCUUUCCGGAUCUUCUGCGAGACGAGCAAGAGGCUAAAAGCGACGCAAACGUAACGAAAGCCAGCUUUGCUACGGAAAGCAGUAAUCAGGCUAAUGACCCUACAAAGCACAAGGUAGAGCAGCCGUCGCAGCACAGAGAUUUUAUUGUAAUGAGAGAGGAGUUUGGAAGAAAUAACGAUCUUCACGAAAGCUAUAAUUUCAAGCAAGCCCAGAGUUCAUCGGUUUUCGGCUUAAGGAAAGAAGAUUUAUCUGUGAGCCAGCCUAAAGAGAGAGUGACGGUCCAGCCUUCGCCCGCUUUCUUGGAAAGCGCUCACGAGAGCGACGCUCCGGCUCUGGCUUUUGGCAAGGUGCAGGAGGACGCAAAGCCAUUCUGCAUGGGGACCGCACCGCCGAGCAUCGACGCCAACCAGACCUAUACCAAAGACGGAGCCGACGACGCAGAAUCUGCCGAUGGCAAAAUAUUGAAACCCAAGCCGUCUAAGUUGGCCAAGAGGAUCGCAAACUCUGCCGGUUACGUAGGUGACCGAUUCAAGUGUGUGACGACCGAACUGUACGCAGACUCCAGCCAGCUCAGCCGGGAGCAGCGGGCGUUGCAGAUGGAAGGAUUACAAGAGGACAGUAUUUUAUGUCUACCUGCUGCUUACUGUGAGCGUGCAAUGAUGCGCUUCUCAGAGUUGGAGAUGAAAGAGAGAGAAGGCCAAACAGCUACCAAAGACUCAGAGGUCUGCAGAUUCAGCCAGGCAGACUGGGAAAACUUGAAAGGAAACAGUGAAAAGAAGCCAAAGUCUGUCGCUCUGGAAGAUGCCAUUCCUGACCAAAAUGACAAUGACAGAUGUAACUUUACUAGUACAGAAAACAACCAAGGUCACUUUCUUGAAACUCCAGAGGCAAAAGAUCUCUCAAAUGAGAAAUGUUAUUUAGAGAGACAUUCUAUAUAUGAAAAAGCAGAAGACCAGCCAACAGAAGAUAUUGGCCAACAUCCAUGUCCACGUCUGGACAGGAAGCGUAAACACUCUGGUGAGAGAGUGCAAAAUGAUGGCAGCCAAAAUGAAAACUUUGUGGAUGAACUGCAGGAUGAACUUAUAUCAAAAGCAAAAAAGAAGAAGAACUCCAAAG